AUGGCAUUUGAGUCAUCGUCGGUACUACCUUUUGAGGCUAUUCAAGGUUUAACACUUUAUUCUGAUGAUGAAGACAAGUCAUCGCAACAACAGGAACCAGAACAACAAGAACAAAAUUCCACAAUAGCUCCAUCAAAGAACAAACGACAACGGAAGAUCCAAACUGAAGAAGAAUACAAUUAUCAAUUAAAUAGAUGGAGAGAAACCGGACCAAUGAUAAAUACUGAUACUUGGUUGAAUGAAGUUAAUUUAGCCGAACUAGAUAUUAGUGAUAAACUUGAUAGAGUCAAAUUGUUACAUGUGUGUGAAUUACAUUAUUAUAAAAAAGAUUAUUCAACUUGCUUGAAAGUAAUAAACUUUGGUGAAUCUUUAUAUGGAGUGGAUUUAGAUAAAGUAGGACCUAAAAUCAAGCAACUAAAUAAUAAAGAGACUACAGAAGAAAACGAAGAAGAAGAAGUUAAAUGGGAUAAAAAUAUUGAAAAAAAUAUAGCAGAACUAUAUCAUAUUAAAAUGAGAUGUCUAGCAAAAUUAUCGUAA